AUGUCUUGCGUAAAGUGGUAUAGACAACUUUGUACUAGAGUCUAUGUUCGGUAUAAUCAUUCUGAGCAAAGAAUAAUAAGAAAACCACAGAUUACAAAGUUACCAAUAUCAUUUAAUAAUCCUCCACGUCCAAUAUCGACAGACACAUCCUCAGGAUUAGCGGAAAUUGAUAAACCAAAGAGUUUGGAAAAAACUUCGGAUGAUCAUUCUGCUAAUGGAACAAUACAGAAUCUUUCUCCUACAUUACGGUACGUGCGAAAGCUGAUGGAUGAACAUAAAGAUAAUGUCGUUUUAACCCAAAUAGGUUCCUUCUAUGAGUUGUAUUUCGAGCAGGCAACAAAAUAUGCACCAAAGCUUAAUAUAUCAUUAACCUCUAAAACUCUUUCGCAAGGGAAAAUUCCAUUUGCUGGUUUUCCGGUACCUCAAUUAGGCCGGCACCUAAAAGUCUUAGUCAAUGACUACGGAUAUAGUGUGACUAUCGCUGAUCAAUUUCCAAAAAAUGAGAUAGCAGAUAAUGAACAAUACAAAUUCGUGAGAAGAGUAACAAGAAUUGUGACACCAGGGACGUUUAUUGAUGAUGCAUUUGAAAAUUUUCAAGAAAACACAUACCUACUUAAUGUAGAGUUUCCCGGUAAUUGUAUGAAGCAUAUUGCGGAUCCAAGUUUGAAGAUAGGGCUUUCUUGGUGUGAUAUAUCCACAGGUGAAAUAUUUGUACAGCAGGUAUUACUACGAGAUUUGGUGUCAUCUAUCACUAGAAUCAAACCAAAAGAAAUUCUGCUCAAUGAUGACUUGAUUCCAUUCAAUAUACUUUCCGGGCAAUGGUAUCCAGAAUUGGUCGAAUUGAAGAAAUAUUUCGUUAAAUAUCAAAAACUACCCGCCCAGCAUCGUACGAUCGAGACCUUUUCCAACCUCUUUACGUCGGGAACAACAAAAUUGGCAAGAAAACAGUUGAUGAUUCAACUUCAAACCUUUACGCAAAAAGAAAUAGUUGCUUUGAGAAAUCUUCUAAUUUAUAUCAGUGAUCAUCUUCCACAUUUUUCAACAAAUUUACAGGUUCCUCAACGACAACUUACUACAUCGAUAAUGCAGAUUGAUUCAAGAACGAGUACUGCAUUGGAGUUACAUUCCACAGUGCGAAAUAAUAGUAGAAAGGGAACAUUAUUAUCAUCCAUAAGAAGAACUGCCACACCAUCAGGAACUAGGUUGUUAACACAAUGGUUGAGUGGGCCCUCGCUUGCUUUAACCGAAAUCACAAAUAGACAGAAAUUAGUGUCAUUUUUCAAAGAUAAUCCUGAUAUCUCAGGAAAUGUACUUACUAUGUUGAAGAAAACCUACGACCUCACGAGGAUCUUGCAAAAAUUUAGUUUCGGUAGAGGAGAAGCACUCGAACUUAUCCAGCUGGCACAGUCAUUACAGAUGUGUAAUGGAAUAAGUGACUACAUUUUAAGCAACCUUUCUUCUCUCCAGUUGAAGAAAACUGUUAGGGAUCUGCUACAAGGAUUGGCAAAUUCAUUAUUAUUUGACAAAGAAUAUUUAGCGAAUGUUCUAGAAAACCUGAACGAAGAGGAAUUGAUAAAUUUGCAAACGCAAGAAGAGCGGGAAGGUGAUCCCUAUCUAAAUAACGAGGCCUCUACGGGAACCAAUUCUAGUUUUCCGUUAAGUGUUAACGUUGUUAAACCUUCAUUCAGUAAAAAGCUUCAAAAUUUGCAUGAUGACUACAAGAAACUUUUGUCAGAAAAGACAAGUUUAGAAAAGACGUAUAAUGACGUGUUUGUGUCGUUAGGAGCACGUCAUGUUUUACUUAAGAAAAAACAAAAUAAUGAUUUUGCCCUACAUAUUACUGGGUCACCUUCAAAUUUGAAGAAAGUCAAUGAAUAUAUCAACAGCUGCUCGAAGAUAAACGACUCAACGUUCGUUAGCUUGCAACAGUCCAACCAAACGAGAUGGGUAUCGCAUAAAUCAUGGACCGAUCUAGGUUAUAAACUUGAUUUGGGAGAAUUGAAAAUUAAGAAAGAAGAGUCUUUCAUCAUGGAUACAUUCAAAAACCGUUUCAUUGAGAAUAGCGAUAUUAUUCGUAAAGUUUCCUAUAGCCUAGGGUAUUUAGAUGUAAUGUUGUCGUUUGCAAGCCUGGCCAAAGAGAAAAAUUUAGUUUGCCCCAAACUUGAUAACAGUACGAAGUUGGAAAUCAUUGGGGGUCGUCACCUAAUGGUAGAAGAAGGUUUAUCAUUAAACUCUCUGAAUAAAUUUGUUUUAAAUGACUGUAUUUUGAGUGGUGGUGAAUUAUGGGUAGUAACUGGUCCUAAUAUGGGAGGUAAAUCAACCUUUCUAAGACAAAAUGCAAUAAUAGUUAUUUUGGCACAAAUCGGCUGCUUUGUUCCUUGUGCUCGUGCACAUAUCGGUCUCGUUGAUAAAAUAUUUAGUAGAGUAGGAUCUGCUGAUGAUUUAUACAAUGAAAUGAGCACAUUUAUGGUGGAGAUGGUAGAGACAUCAUUUAUUCUACGCGGUGCCACAGAGAAAUCACUGGCGAUUCUGGAUGAAAUUGGACGUGGAACGAGUGGGAAAGAAGGUGUCAGUAUUGCUUAUGCCACAGCCAAAUAUUUGAUUUGGAAUAAUAGCUGUAGAUCUCUCUUUGCUACUCAUUUUGGUACAGAGUUAAAAAAGAUAAUAGACGAACAAAAAGAUAAAGCCAUUUCUGAUAGUGUAUCAUUUUACAGAAGUGGAAUAAUCGAGCUCGGUAAAGGAGAAUUUAUCUAUGAUCACAAAUUAAGAAGUGGUAUUUGUCAAAAAUCGGAUGCAAUAAAAGUUGCACGAACGGCAGGAUUUCCAGAGGAAGCGCUAGAAGAGGCAAUUAAGUUGUUACAAUAA